CUACUUUUUUUUACAACAUGGCCUUUUGGAAGCCUGGAACUAUUGCUCCUGGUAGCUCUGUUGAUCGUGAUACUGAAAACGAAACUGAUACAACCGUUAUAGCUCAUGCAGAACAGCAAUACAGACAUCUUACUUUAAAGCAACAACGAGAAAGAUUACCAGUUUUCAAACUACGACGUGAACUGUUGUAUUCUAUAGAGACUUAUCAAACAACCAUUGUUAUUGGACAAACUGGAUGUGGAAAAACAACGCAAAUACCACAAUACCUUGAAGAGGCAGGAUGGACUCGCAAUAGAAAACAAAUCGCAUGUACUCAACCUCGACGUAUAGCUGCAACCACUGUUGCUCAGCGUGUAGCCGAUGAAAAAAGUGUCAAACUUGGUGAUGAAGUGGGUUAUCUUAUUCGAUUCGAUGAUCAAACGUCAUCCAAAACUCGUAUCAAAUACAUGACAGAUGGUAUGCUAUUCCGGGAAACAAUGAUCGAUCCAUUAUUGACAAACUACGAUGUGGUGAUGAUUGACGAAGCGCAUGAACGAAGUUUAUACACUGACAUUUUAUUAGGCGUCCUUAAAAAAAUUCAAAAAAAACGACCGGAUUUACAUGUUAUCAUCUCCUCAGCAACCUUGGAUGCCGAAACGUUUUACACUUUUUUCAAUCACAAUACUACCAAGGAUCGAAGCAAGGAUACUGCCAACAUUAUCUCUUUGGAAGGCCGAAUGUAUCCUGUAGAUACACUUUAUGUAGAUGAACCCGUACCUGACUAUGUAGAAAAGACGAUUCAGACAGUGUUUGAUAUACAUACUCAGGAAGCUCGUGGUGAUAUUUUGAUCUUUCUUACUGGACGCGAAGAAAUUGACCAUGUUGUAUCAGAAAUCUAUGAUCGUGCCAAAACAUUGCCAAAGGGUAGUUUAUACCUUGAACCAUUACCUCUGUAUGCUGGAUUGACUUUACAAGAACAACUUCGAGUUUUUGAACCAACACCAAGAGACUCUCGAAAAGUGAUUGUAUCUACAAAUAUCGCUGAAGCUUCUGUUACCUUGGAAGGCAUUGUUUAUGUUAUUGAUUGUGGGUUUGUCAAGAUUCGCGCUUACAAUCCAAAGACGGGUAUGGAAGCUCUUGUGGUUACUCCAAUUUCCAAAGCAUCUGCAUUACAACGUGCUGGGCGUGCUGGUAGAGUAAGACCUGGAAAGGCAUUUAGAUUAUAUACUGAAGAAACAUAUAAUACUCUUCGAGACACAAGUAUUCCAGAAAUCCAAAGAACCAACUUGGCACCGGUAAUCUUACAAUUGAAAGCUCUUGGGAUUGAUAAUGUACUACGAUUUGACUUUGUGACAGCACCGCCUGCAGCAUUGAUGAUACGUGCAUUAGAAUUACUCUAUUCUUUAAAAGCACUGGAUGAUGUUGGACGAUUGACACUUCCACUUGGUAUGACACUGGCUGAAUUCCCUGUGGAUCCCAUGUUAGGCAAGAUCUUACUUUCAUCUGGUGAUUUUCAUUGCAGUCAAGAAAUAGUCACUAUUGCAGCCAUGGUAUCUGUACAAAACAUCUUUAUUCAACCAUCUCGGAAAAUGGAUAAAAUGGCGGUACUGGAUAUACGACGACAGUUUUGGGUAGAAGAAGGUGAUCAUCUCAGUUUACUCAAUGUGUACAAUGGAUUUAUUCACAAUGGCAAAUCUGGUAAAUGGUGUCACGAUCGGUUAUUGAACUUCAAAGCAUUAGCAAGAGCCAUCCGAAUUCGACAGCAAUUGGUCAAGUAUUUGAAACGGUUCAAAGUACCUAUGGUGAGUGCUAUGGAUUCAACAAGUCUGGAUCAAGAUCAACAACGUCAAAUAGCAUCCGAACGUAUUCGAAAAUGUCUAGUCAGUGGUUACUUUUCACAGGCAGCAAGAGCCGAACCCGAUGGAAGUGGGCGAUUCCGUACCAUCCGUGAUGGUGUGUUACUCAAUAUUCAUCCUGAUUCUGUCCUCUUCAAUCGCAACCCAUCAUGCGUUUUGUUCCAUGAAGUCGUUGAAACAAACAAGGCUUAUAUGCGCGACUUGACUGCUAUUGAUGAAGCUUGGUUGGCUGAACUCGCUCCUCAUUUUUAUCAAUAUGCAAACACCAAGAAAUAGUGAUAGUUCACCCCCUCCAGUUUAGAUCAUCACAUUGUAUUAUUA